AUUCCACUGUAAAUUGAUGAUGCAAAGCCAAUAUUGUCUCAUAGCAUUUGUAGAACUAAACACCAUCUUCCAACAUUAUUAACAUGAUAUCUACCCUGAGGCUUUGACUUUUCGGGGUAUUUGGGAGUAGGUAUUUUAUGGCAGAGUAGAUUGAAGUCCGCUUCAGGAUUGCAUUAACAAUAUGGCACGAUCUCCAGUUGCACGAUCUUUAGGGCUACGAUCUCGCCACCAAUUUCAUCUAUGCCUAGAAUAAGGUUUUCGCCUCUGAAAAUCAGAGACAUACGCUCUCAGCCUCGCGUAGCAAGAUUUUUCUUCCGGCCUUCAUCAUCCGUUGAGCCUAGCGCAUAUCCCUACUGCCAGAAGAGAGACGACAAUGAUAAAGGGAUUAUAGGGAUAAUUUCUCUAGCUUUGGAUUCUUACCAUAGGUCAACAUCACACUUCAACAACAUUUGUAAAUAGGAGGAUGACGCCACCAUAUAGAGUGGUAUUCUUCUUCUCUUGAUUUUUUAUUUUAAAUUUGGAAUUCAAACUACCAAUGAAUUAGAAGUCUUUUUUUCAGAUUUAAUUUUGCUGUUUUGUGGUGUUUAAGUAAGCAUGAUGUUUUGUUAUUUACACUUGAGCGGGAGACCCAAUUAUUGCAAUAGUUGAGGAGGUUGGGCUUGCAGGAAAGAUAAGUCGUAUCCUUACUAGAGUUGAUGCCAAACAUAAAGCUACUUAAUUGAGGGAGAAAUGCUUCUAGGUGUUCUUGCACUUAUAUUUGAGAGCAUUUCAUUUUAUUCAUUCCUUGGAAUCACAUUUUUUUAUGUUCAGAAAUAAUAUUUGCCUUAACAAAUUGAGCAACUCUUU